AGGACACAUCAUGUUGUUGUCUCGAGAAGAAGUUGAGAAGCACUCGACGCGCGAAUCGUGCUGGGUGGCCAUCCACGGCUCUGUUUACGAUGUCACUGAUUUCCUCGAUUCGCAUCCGGGUGGUGUGAAUGUUAUCCUUCGCUGCGCUGGCAGAGAUGCUACCGCCGACUUCGAUUCGGUCCAUGACAAGGACGUUCUGUCGCAAGCCCUGCCUCCGUCUGCCCUCAAAGGCGUUGUCCACCCUGAUACUCUGGCAAAGCCAUCCCGACCCCUUCCAAAAACCUCAGCAGUGGAAGAGAAAGCUCCGCCCCCGCUAGCAAAUUUGAUCAAUCUACACGACUUUGAAAAGGUGGCCCAGCAAUACCUCCCCCCUCACGCAUGGGCAUAUUACUUCUCAGGAGCAGAUGACGAGAUCAGCAAACGCCAGAGUCAAAAGGCCUACCAGAAGGUGGCUUUCCGGCCUCGAAUCCUCCGCAGUAUCCGGAGCGUAGACACUGCCACGUCAAUCCUCGGCAAGUCUGUCUCAUUACCGGUUUAUAUGAGUCCAACAGGAAUUGCCAAGUUCGCUCACCCGGAUGGAGAAUGCGCGCUUGCUGUUGCAGCCGGCCAGGAAGGACUGGCACAGGUGCUGGCCAAUGGAUCCAGCAUGUCCAUUGCGGCUGUUCGGGCGGCAGGAACCCAUUCUGAGCAGCCGCUCUUUCAGCAGCUGUAUGUGAACAAGGAUAUUACGAAGUCAGAAGAGACGGUCCGACGGGCUGUGAAGGCUGGUGCUAGUGGGAUAUGGAUCACGGUUGAUUCUCCGGUUGUGGGAAAGCGGGAGAUGGAUGAGAGAUUGAAUCUCGAAGUUCAGGUAAGACACUGUCCAUGCUACCAAAAUUGUCCUAACACAUGGCAGGCGCGAGAUUCGUCUGCAAAAGGACAAGGUGUUGCGAAAACGAUGGCCAGCUCCAUCUCGCCGUUCAUCGACUGGGAGAUUCUCUCGUGGCUACGAGGGCUCACCGAUCUACCGGUGGUGAUCAAGGGCAUUCAGUGUGUGGAGGAUGCAGUCCUGGCGUAUCAACACGGGGUGCAAGGAAUCGUCCUUUCCAACCAUGGAGGAAGAUCUCAGGACACCGCCCAACCUCCGCUGGUCACUUUGCUGGAGAUUCGACGAUACGCGCCGUUUCUGAUCGAGAGCAACAUGCAAAUCUUCAUCGACGGAGGCAUCCGACGGGGAACCGACGUGCUGAAAGCCAUUGCCUUGGGAGCAACAGCUGUAGGAUUGGGACGGCCACUCUUGUAUAGUCUGUCUGCGGGCUAUGGAGCGGAGGGAGCGCGCAGGGCCAUCCAGAUCUUGCGACAGGAGAUCGAGUCGAAUAUGGUGUUCUUGGGUGUGACUAAAAUGUCAGAAUUAGGGCCUCACUUGCUAAACACGAUGAGGCUAGAGAGAGAUGUGGUUGGCUCGGUGAAACUGUAAUUUCUGUCUCGUUGCAGGCAGCCAUUGCUAGACAGCACUAGACAAUAUG